CUCUGAUGCCCACAAUUGAAAUAAUCUCGACCGCCGUCAAUCAUGCGAACCCCUUACGGUAGCGAAAACAAGGAAACCGAUGAGUUUCUCACGCGAAUGACAUCGCUGGCUGCCCCACAUCAUCCACGCCCCCAAUCAACCAGACAUCGACCAGCCAUGCUCUGCGUUGCUUUCUUCGCCACGUGCGCUGCAGGGGCCCUCGGCCUCGUUUCCCAGCAACGCCAUACAGUCGCAGCAACGCUCCAAACCAGCAACUUUGAUUCGCUCGAUGUCAUGCCGCCGCCCUCCAACACGAUUGUAUUUCCAUGGCAGACAAUUGGGCUCAACGUCCCUGCAAACCCAGCGCCGUUCGUGGCCAACUGGACGUCAAUUGACGCCAAUGCUGACGGAAGCAUCAGCUUGAACGAACUGCUGGGGUACCUCACGAGUCAAAAAGAUGCGCAGGUGCAGCGUAUACAGGCCGCCGCCGCCGCCGCCGUCGCGCAGGUUCAAACGACGUUUGAUCAACACUCGGGGUGUGUCAAGACGGCGUACGCAGUGCUGAUCGACGCCAAGCAACCUUCCGAUAAAAAGGAGAUUCUCACGGCGGCGGAGCUCGGCACGGUGCUAAAGUACGCACGAGACCAGUGCUACAACAAGCUCACGCCAUCGCCCACCCCCAACGUCGAUGGCGGCAACGUGGUUAUCGUGACUACUCCUCCUACUACUACUACUACUGCCCCGACGACGACCACGACCAGCACGACGACGCCAGUCCCCACGACCACGGCCAGCUGGGCCGAGCCUUCGACUACGACGACGCCCGUCGUCACGUACUACGUGCCGUCGCGCGACGAAGUGCUCAAGGAGCUGGCGGCGUCCGUGGAUGUGCUCGCCAACCAAACCAACUUGACCUAUACAUUUGCCCAUAUUGUUCUCAACCAAACGCGCGACAACGUCACAGCCAAGAUCGACACCAAGUGGUUCAACUCAGACGGAGAGCGCGCCGUCGCCAAGGCCGAAGUGGCCAAGUACUUUGGCACACUUUCGUCGUGUGUGGACAUUGCCAUGGCAGUGUUUGGCCGGUACAUCAACGUGUUGGACGCGUUCGAGUUGGCGCCAGCACUCGAGUGGAUCAAGAGCACUUGCAUGAACACGGCGGACGCCAAGUUUGGCAAGACCGACACCAACCAGAACAACGUCGUGGAGGAGUUUGAAGUGAUCGCGGCGAUUGUAAAGAUCCGCGACGACAAGCUGUCGACGAUGGUCAACCUCACCGACCCCACGGCAUACCAGGCGGCUUUCUUUGCGACAAGACAACUGUAUAGCCAAACCAUGGAAUGCGCCCACAACGGCAUCUCUGAGUUGGGCGACCCCAUUACUCGGACAUUGAACCGCGAACAAUUCUACGGCCUGGAGGCAUGGAUGUUGUCCCACUGCAGCAUCAUCCAACCCGAUGUGUCGGUGAUCGGGUUGCUUCCCACUGCGACGGGGCUCGCGGGGAAUUUUUCCCUCGCCAACCUUCAGUCGUUGUUGGCCGAGGCCAAAGCCAAUGACACACAAGCGGUGCCUGCAAACGACACGUACCACGCUGCCACGAUCGAUGAUCAUUACCGCCUCGUGGAAGUGUGCUUGAACGGAUCGUAUGCAAAGCUCAACGUCACCAAUGAAACCACGUACGCGACGUUGCUAGCAAACGUCAAGACGUGCGUCGCGCAAAGCGUGCCCCUCACGAUGCCAGUGGGAAUAUUCCUGAGCCGCCCCGAGUUCCAAGCCCUGCUCGAGCUCACUUGGGCAUCCGAGAAUGCAAACUUGGACUCACAGAUCCGCCAAGCCCAAGCCGCCCUGGACAAGCUCAAAGCCAAGAAGGCGGCGCUGGCUGCAUGUAUCGUACAGGCAGUGGACAGCGCAGCGGCAGGAGAAGCCAAGAUCUCUCAGUCGCAGCUGGUCCCCGCACAGAGUUUUACCAAGCAGUGCUACGUCAAGGCUACUGCUACAUAGGAUGGUUAGUUACUGAUUUGCAACGUCUACAGUGUGCAAGAGUCAAGCUUCAGCUAACGUUACCGUAUCUGUCGUUGAUCUGCACCAUGACAUAUAAAACGUAAUGAUAUAUACGUAUGGGCGCAGUUCCGUGACACUUUUUGGGUCCCUUCGAUGCAGGGGUUCCUUUACCCCAAAUUGCUAUUAUAAUAGUAGUUGUU